GUGAGCAGAGAAGAAGUGUGCCAGCGACAGGGGAGCAGAGAGAGUCGUCUGUCCCUGCCUGUCUAAAACACUACAGCCAUCCCCCAUUGGACUAGUAGCUGUGCAGUGGUCCACUGAUGGAGACUCUUGCCAGUGUCCAUCAGCAGAAGGACUGUGUCUGUAUGAAGAGGAUGAACCAUGAACAGUGCCUUCCUACAACAAACAACAGGCUUUGCAGAUGGACUGACUGAUAUAAAUCAGUACCUACUGGACAAAGUGACAGUCCACCCUGGACAGGCCUGAAACAUGGCACACAUCCAGAAGAAGACCAGUACCAUGUCCCUUACCAUCUCCAACUCCUCCAGAGCCUUCUCCUCAUCCUCCACUGUGGUUCAGCAACAGAGACACUCCAGCCUGGUGCAGCCCAUUUGCAUGAGCCCCCAGAGGAACCAAAGCCCAUCAUGCCCCCAGCAGUACCCAGGAAAUGGUGGAGUGGCUCCGACUUUCGUCAAGUGCCUCCAUGAUGUCAGCGCAGUCAAGGGUCAGCUGGUGGUUUUAGAGUGUCGUAUUCGUGGAACGCCGCCUCUGCAGGUUCUGUGGUACCGCGAGGAUGAGAAGAUAGUGGACUCGGCUGACUUCCGCAUCCUUCGAAAGAAGGCUACUUCAACAUCAGUGCCAGAGGAACUUUGUACCCUUGUCAUCACUGAGGCCUUCCCAGAGGAUUCUGGAGUGUUCAAAUGUAUAGCUGGGAAUGCGUUUGGAACAGUAUCAUGCAAUGCCUUACUGGAGGUGUACAUGGACCUGGAAGAGCAGAUGGAGAAUGAGCCAUCCAUGGAGGAGCAGCCCUCACAGUCUACCAGGCUGGAACCUGAUGACUUUCCCUCUUUACUUCAUGCUGUAGCAGCCAUUCCCCCUCCAGAGUGGCCUGAAAGCCCAGUCUGCGAAAUUGACCCACCAUUGGAAGAACAGUUGCUAGAGUCAGAGUGGCAGCCACUUAGCCAAACCUCCGAGGAGCCGUUUGAUCUGAGUGAGGAGAGCAUCCAGAGCCCAGAGGACCAGGGGUCACCCGAAGGCCAAACCCCCACCCCACCACCGCCGGCCGGGGAAAAAGCCCUAAUCCCCAACCUCUUCAGUCCCAGUAAGCCCAGCUUCCAGAGCUCUGGUGACUGCGGCAGCAUGAGCCGUGUUGCCGACCUGCCGACCUUCACCCCCAGCCUCUUUGCCCCCAGCGCCUUUAACUAUGCCCGGCCACGUCAGUUCAUCCAGUCCCAGCCGGCCUUCCAGGCCCCCAGCUACGAGGUGGCCCAGACUCUGCCCCAGUCCAACGGGAGCAGCAGCAAGGCCUCUCCGUCCUCCUCUAACCUGAGCUCUCCCGUUUCCACUCCCGCAUCCUCGCAGCUGCCAGUGGUCCCUCGCGAUCCUCCUCCUCCCUCGGCCCAGCCAAUGUCCUCCACCCGUGCCCCCAUGCGCUCCACGAUCACCCUCACCCCCAGGGUCCCUAGUGCUAGUGCCAGUGUCCCAGGCCCGGCGGAACCCAAGACGCAGUCCUCUUCCGCGGCCUUCCUCUGCUCCAUCCUGCCCUCUCAGUCCAACCCCCAGUACAAGCCGUCUCCCAAUUCGGUCCUCCAGCCUCCAUCCCCAGCUCGCUCCCCACAGUCCCCCAGCCCCCCUAGCCCACUGGCCCAGCCCCACUGUGAUGCCCCCCGAAAUAUGGGACAGGGACUGGCUCUCCCUACCCACCGCGUCCCAACGAGUCAGACCGGCCGCUCCCCAACUCCCCCCGCAGUUUCCAUGACACAGACCUCCUUUUCUCCUCCUACAUGCGUGUCUCUGCCUCCUAGCUACAAAGGGACCCCGAACGCCUUACCCAAGCCCAUCCUGAAGAAGGCCCCCGUUCCUCGGCCAGGUUCCCGCAACACAGAUGAGGAUAUCCAGGGUUCCAAGGACGCCUUGAUCCAGGACCUGGAGAAGAAGCUACGGACCAAAGAGGCCCGCAGAAGAAACAGCCAAAAGCUGUCUUAUGAGGAGCGCAUGGCUCGGAGGUUGCUGGGUCCAGAUAACGUUGCCUCUGUCUUUGACCUUGAGAGUUCCUCCGACUCCCAGCCGGACCAGCCAGAAUCCCCGGAGGGUCGUAACACCGGAGGAAUAUGGGGUAAACAUCACUCUGGUACUGAUGGCAAUGAGGGCUCGGCCAUCCAGGAGAAAUGCUACGCCCCGCGCUUCAUCCAGGUGCCCCGGGACCUCACAGUGGAGGAGGGUCGGUUCUGCCGGAUCGAUUUUAAGGUGGUGGGUCUGCCCACUCCAGACGUGGCCUGGUACCUAGAUGGAAAGGCCAUCCGCCCAGACGACUACCACAAGAUGCUGGUUUGUGAGAAAGACAUGCACUCUUUCAUCAUUGAGAUUGUGACCGUACAUCACGCUGGUGUCUACCAGUGCAUUGCCAGGAAUCGUGCCGGGGAGAGCCGCUUCUCCAUGAAACUGGAAGUUAUCGCCCAGGAGGUGCUUCGCCCACCUACCUUUGUCCAGAAGAUGAUGAACUCCCGUGCCUUGGAGGGGGACACUGUAAGGUUAGAGUGUAAGGUGGCCGCCUCCCCUCCACCAAAGCUCUUUUGGAAGAAGGACAAAGACAUGCUGCGCAUCGACCCCACCAGAAUGAGCUUGUACCAGGACGGAACAGGAAGUCAGUGCCUGCUCAUUGAGAAGCUGUUGAAAUCUGACGCGGGCUGGUACACCUUGUCUGCCAUCAACGAGGCUGGCAUGUCCACCUGCAACGCUAGACUAGACGUCGGAACUCGCACCAGCAAAACUGCCCCCCCUGCAGGCAAGCAUUUUAAAAUCCCCCUUCUAAGCCAUCUCCCCACUGUGACUCCAGACCCCGUCCCCCAGCAUACGGCCCCCCUGUACGAGAGUGAGGAGCUCUAAACAACCUUACACUGUCAGUGCAAUAUCCCAUGUGUUGUGCUCCACUUCAAACAUGUCUGUUGGUAUGUCAGUCCACAGAGGCUAUGCUGGGGAAGUUGUUGGAUUCACAUUUUACCAACACUGUCUCACCAGACACCCCAAAUGUCAAAUGCACUUUAAUUUGAGCCUUUUGGUUUUGUGUCAAGGGUGAGCAGGUCAGAUGUGGCUUCUUCAACAGCACAUCCUCUAGUGUGUUGUAGCGUACCUGGCUGGAGCUCUUGACUCGGCCCAGGCCUUUGUCAAAUCAUGCCUCUUGUGGUUUGCUAUUCUAGUGGAUAGAGAAUUCAUCUUGUAUUGCCUUCAGACAAUGUAUCUGACUUUUGAAGUUCCUUUUACGAAAGCAAUGUUUUUAGUGAGAAUGUGUCUAUGAUAUUUAUGUUUUUAAAAGGUCAAAAGGUUUUAAUAUAUAAGAUAUUUAUUGGACAGCUACUUCUGUAAUGUAAAUAGUUGUCUUAGCACCCAAAUUUACCACAAGCUCAAGGUUUCAUUCAUACCAUAGAAAACAUUUUCUGAACCCUUAUGUACAAUAUAUAUGAUGUGAAUAAAGUUUUACUGACCUUAA